AUGGCGGUGUCCUUGGAAAAUAAGUCCUUGGAAAUAACUUCAUUAUCGCCCAUGUGUUUCCCAGGGGCUCCUGGGGAGGCGUCAUCGCAGGUGGGCCCACGGGGGAAGAGUGGUCCAGUCGGGCCUCCAGGACGACCGGGCCCGAAGGGGAGACGAGGAUACGAGGGCUUAUCAGGGCCAGAGGGGCCCAAGGGGGGCAGGGGUUUACCGGGAGAUCCAGGUUUACCUGGCUUGACAGGAGAAGACGGGUGCAAGGGAACUCAAGGACCAUCUGGUGACCCGGGGAUUCCCGGGGGUUUUGGACUAAUAGGCGCACGGGGGCCUAAAGGAAUCAAAGGAAUGAAGGGAGAACCUAUUUAUGGACAGAUUUUACCAGGGCUCCCAGGAGAUGUUGGGCCACCCGGUGCAGCUGGUUUACCUGGGCCUAAAGGACCGAGAGGAACGAAAGGGUGGAGGGGCCCACCUGGUCAAGACGGGACUCCUGGUGUAAGUGGCAGAGAUGGCCCCAAGGGUAUAAAGGGGGACGUGGGGGAGCCAGGGCCACCAGGGCCCUUAGAGCUGGUGCAGCCUCCAUCAGACAACUACCCAAAAGGCAUCAAGGGUGAUAGAGGUGAUCCUGGACAAUGCGGACCUAAAGGGCUACCAGGUUUUGGCUUACCAGGAAUAAAGGGAGAAAAAGGAAUUCUUGGCUAUGUCGGCUCUCGUGGUGGAUAUGGCAGUCCAGGUGUACCAGGGCCGCGGGGAUGGACGGGACCCAUUGGAGAUCCUGGACUUCCAGGAAUAAAUGGACUUGUUGGGUUGAAGGGGGAGCCUGGUGACCCGGGCCCUAAAGGAAAGGCUGUACAUUUGGCUAAUUAUGAACAUUGGGAAGGUCCUGCUGGAGAUCCAGGUCCUGAUGGCCUGCCGGGUUUGCCCGGCGAUUCAGGUUUCAUGGGGAUGCCUGGGGCCCCGGGUGCCCCUGGACAGACAUACCCAGGCUCAGAUGGCAUCCCUGGACUUAAAGGCCCUCGUGGUCCUAAGGGCUAUAAGGGGGAGCCCGGCCAGUUUAGAAAUGGCAUUGGGUCAACAGGACCUGCUGGACUCCCUGGCCCUCCCGGAUAUAAAGGCAAUCGAGGACCCGCCGGUCCCCCAGGUUACUGCCAUUCCACUUUGCCUGGGUACCCUGGGCAACCAGGAGACCGAGGACAGCCUGGACGAAGUGGACUGAAAGGUCCCAAAGGCUACCCAGGGGAGUGCCUGUGUAAUGAGCUUCCUGACCACCGAGGACCACCCGGACCCCCAGGGCCGCCUGGAUACCCAGGACCCGUGGGAGAUAAAGGACACAGGGGUGACCCUGGCAACAACGGUGGCCCCGGGACCCCAGGCUUUCCAGUGAGAAAGGUGAGCCUGGAGUCUGGGGGCCAAGAGGACCGCCUGGAAGGGACGGUGAGACAGGUUAUGAUGGCGAUCCUGGGAUCCCUGGAGAACCUGGUCCACCAGUACGGUGGUGGUGUUGUAGGGUGUAAAGGUGAGAAGGGACACCCAGGCUCUCCUGGUUAUAAAGGAGCUCCUGGUCAGCCCGGCCGGCCGGGUCCAGGCAUCCCUGGACGAGAGGGACCCCGGGGACCAGAUGGGGAUCAUGGACCGCCAGGUUUCCUUGGCCUCCCGGGAUCUCCUGGUCCCCCUGGUGAUGUAUGUGAGCGGCCCUGCCCUGAUGGAAACAGAGGCCCAGAUGGACCUCCAGGACUGGAGGGACCCAAAGGAUAUCCUGGGAAGCCUGGGAGACCAGGUACUCCAGGCCAACCAGGUCCCAAUGGGCUGGACGGGCCUAAGGGAGAGAGAGGGGACAGCUGGGAUGACACUGGAGUCGGCCCCAUAGGCGGACGUGGGCCACCUGGUGAUAAAGGGGACCCAGGCCUACCAGGAUACCACACUCCUGGGCCGCAAGGGCCCCCUGGAUUCCCAGGGCCUCCGGGAGCCAAAGGGUUGCCAGGAGACUCCAACCGGAGAGGCCGACCCGGCCUACCUGGCCCACCUGGACCUCCCGGGCCGUAUGGACCUAAGGGCAUAAUCGGCCAUACUGGUCCACCUGGAACGCCUGGAGCACCAGGUCUGUCAGGGCCUUUCGGUUACAAGGGGCAAAUGGGAGACCCAGGGGACACGGGAGCUCCAGGGCCAAAGGGGCGUCCAGGCGUCAUCUGUGACUUGCUGGCCGGUUUGCCGGGUGCACCUGGGCUACCAGGACCUGUCGGACGCAAAGGUUACAAGGGUGACAGAGGUGAGGAUGGCCCACCAGGUCGUGCAGGCCAUGGAGCCAAGGGCCUUCCGGGACCUGCUGGGCCCCCAGGAGCCCCAGGGGGGAGAGGGCCGCCAGGGCUCAGCGGCCCACCGGGUCACCCUGGAGCAUCAGGCUUCAAGGGAAUGAAAGGUGCAACAGGGGUCCCAGGAGGGCCCGGUCGUGGCGGUUUCCCAGGUAACCCUGGUCCCCCAGGUUUUCCAGGAAGAAAAGGGGAUCCCGGUGGCCAGGGAUAUGAUGGCAAUCCUGGAAUUCCAGGCUACAAUGGACUAAAAGGUGACAGGGGGUACCCAGGCGACCCAGGGAGAGCUGACUUUACAGGAAAAGGUCGAAAAGGAGAACCAGGACCCAAUGGCCAAGAUGGAUUUCCUGGACCUAAUGGUGACAAGGGCAAUAGAGGCCCACCAGGUGGAGUGGGGCGACCUGGCUUGGACGGCCCACCUGGAUAUCAGAAAGGCCCACCGGGGCCACCAGGACGGUCUGGGCCAAACGGGCCUCCUGGCGACAAAGGACUCAAAGGAGAGCCAGGCCCCCUUGGCCUACCGGGCGCUUACGGCCACAGGGGUGACCCUGGCUUUCCAGGACUCUCAGGACCACCCGGGGUACCAGGCCACGAUGGAGUGAAAGGUGAACCAGGACCAAGCCUGGGGUACCCUGGCCCCCCAGGCCCGCAAGGAAGCCCAGGAGAGGGCGGCUCUACAGGACCAAGAGGAGAUGUUGGAGACCCUGGUGUCCAUGGAAUACCUGGCUUCCCUGGUCUUAAAGGACGUCCGGGGCCCCAAGGCCCUCCUGGUCCUCUAGGUCCACCCGGAUCAGGAUCCAUUGGUCCUCCAGGCCCUCCUGGUACCCCAGGCCCUAAGGGAGACAAAGGCCACCCUGGACCCUAUGGACCAUCGGGCCCGCCAGGAGAUCAGGGUCUGCCUGGGUUGGAUGGCCUCACAGGGGUGAAGGGAGAGAGAGGGUCAAGCGGAACAGGCACAGGUGGUCUUCCAGGACCCCCUGGUUUCCCUGGAGACAAAGGCACACCAGGAAGCCGUGGAUACCCUGGGCCCGGCGGGCCUAAUGUUCCGGGCCCAAAGGGUGAAAGGGGCCACCCCGGAAACCCAGGCCUUCCAGGUGGUCCUGGUGAGCCAGGUGAUCCAGGGAAAGACUGCACACUCAGCAACAAAGGACCUGACGGCUACCCAGGCCCAGCUGGCCCUCCCGGACCUCCAGGUCCCCAAGGUCCUCUAGGGCCGCCUGGCCCAGCUCAUGCCCGUCGAGGUGACCCCGGAGAUCCAGGACCAGCAGGCCCACGCGGGCUCAAAGGCGACCCGGGACCCAGAGGGCACGAUGGACCCCCUGGAUACACCGGGCCUGCGGGACCAAAAGGCCAUAGAGGAGGGCCGGGCCUAAGGGGCACAGCCGGAACCCCAGGACCUCCGGGAUACGGGGGCCCCACGGGCAGCAAAGGACAAAGGGGCCCACCCGGUGCACCAGGCGUGAAGGGCCCAUUGGGUUUGGUCAUAGAUCAGCCGAGGCCAGUACCAUCCCGUGGGCCACCCGGGCCGCCUGGUACCGCUCCAGGACUUCCGGGCCCCAGAGGCCCUCCGGGAGGCACGGGACCACCAGGAAACAAAGGACCCAAAGGGGGCCCUGGAGAUAGAGGGCCACCUGGAGGUCCCGGGUUCGAGGGGCCAAAGGGGCAGAGAGGAGACCCAGGGACCCCUGGCCCAUCAGGAUAUGCAGGACCACAAGGCCCGACAGGACCACCAGGAGACCAAGGUUUCCCAGGAGGGGCAGCGCCAGCCCACCCGGGCUUCCUGCUCGUCAUCCACAGUCAGUCAGUCGAUAUUCCCAAGUGUCCUGAUGACAUGCAGGCCAUGUGGACAGGCUACAGUCUUCUCUACCUGGAGGGGCAAGAGACAGGCCAGCCACAAGACCUUGGCCAAGCCGGCUCCUGCAUGCCCGUCUUCAACACCAUGCCCUUCUCCUACUGUGGCAGGGCGACCUGUGACUACGCCAGCCGUAACGAUAAGUCCUAUUGGCUCUCCACCACCGCGGCGGUGCCCAUGAUGGCGGUGGAGGGCCACAACAUCUCCCAGUACAUCAGCCGCUGUGUGGUGUGCGAGGCGCCCUCGCCUGCCGUGACCUUCCACAGCCAGGGGGACCCGGCCGUCUCCUGCCCAUUCGGCUGGAGGACACUGUGGCUUGGAUACUCCUUCCUCAUGUCCACCGGCUCAGGAGAUGAAGGUGGGGGUCUGUCCCUGACUUCCUCGGGGAGCUGUCUGACAGACUUUCGAAGCCAGCCCUUCAUUGAGUGCCAGGGGGCCAGAGGUACAUGCCACUACUACGGGAACUUGUACAGCUUCUGGCUCACCGGCGUCAACGCUCGGGACCAGUUCAGGGUCCCGCCGCAGCCUGGCACGCUGAAGGGUCCCGCAGAGCAGCGAAAUCUAGCAAGCAAAUGCCACGUGUGUAUGAAGACUGCAAUUACAAUCUGAUAGUGAGCCUGUUAAGUUGUACGUUUUCUAUUCUUUUCUUUGUUUUUUUUCCAGUAUCAUCUUUUAUGAGACCGCAAGUUAGUAAUCAUACUUUUUACGAGGGUAAUUUUAGUGCACGUUAAAUUGGAGAAGACCUUUGUUAAAACGAUUUGUUUGCAAAUGCCAAAGUGUUUGAUGGAAAUGACUCAAUAUUGAAUCUGUGAUAACACUACACCACUUUAUUAACCUGAUUUGGGCAUAUUGGUAGUGAUCCAAUAUGCCCAAAUACUUUGUGUAGCAUUUACUUCAUUUGUGUUGGUCAUUGGCUAUUUCCAUUCAAUCAUGUCCCGUGCUUUCAUGAGAUGUGAGUCUAAUUGGGGAAGCCACCCUGUUCUCUGUGCUGAACGUGCUAAAAUAUCAGUUAAAGCAGAGGCAGCCCAUGUAAACUGUGACUGACUUGUUACUUUUUCUAAAUUUCCCUGUUUAAUAGUAAAUGAUCGGGUUAAAAAUAAUAAAAUCCAUGUCCAUAGACACAUUG